AUGGCUAUGAUGAUAGCUUCAAGACUUUGUCGGACGCCAAUAUGGCAAAAAUCGAAUUUGGUAUUAAGGCAAAUCCAAAAUAACAAUGUAUAUCGAACUUUUGCAAAUGAAGGGAAAGAAACUAUUGCCAGGACUGCCAGAAAACGAACAACUUUAAAAGAAAAGAUUAUGGCUCCUGCUGGAGAUACAGCAUUCAAUAUUGGAAAAGGUGCAGUUGCCGGUGGUUCAGUACUUGGAGUUGGUGCAUUGUGUUAUUACGGCUUGGGUUUAGGAAAAGAUGCCAGUUUAAUCGACCACCAACAUGUAUGGCCGCAGUAUGUUAAGGACCGCAUUAAGGCAACUUACAUGUACUUUGGAGGCUCUGUGGCCAUAACAGCUGCUAGCGCUCUUGCAGCAGUAAGAUCUCCAGCAGUGAUGAAUAUUGUAAUGAGAAAUGGAUUUUUGGGUAUGGCUAUUAGUUUAGCUGCCAUUAUAGGUACUGGUAUGUUAUGCCAAAGUAUUCCCUACAGAGAAGGUAUUGGAGCAAAACAGAUGGCUUGGCUGUUGCACACAGGCGUGAUGGGUGCGAUGUUAGCACCCAUGUGUUUACUUGGAGGCCCCAUUUUGAUACGUGCUGCAUGGUAUACUGCGGGAGUUGUUGGAGGACUCAGCACAAUUGCAGUUUGUGCCCCAAGUGAACAAUUCCUCUACAUGGGUGGUCCUCUUGCGAUGGGGUUGGGAGUUGUGUUUGCCGCUUCUAUCGGUUCCAUGUUCCUUCCGCCAACAACGGCUCUAGGAGCCGGUAUGUACUCAGUCUCACUUUAUGGAGGACUUCUGCUGUUUUCCGCUUUUCUGCUUUACGACACCCAGAGGAUAGUGGCUCAGGCAGAGAGGUAUCCAGCCAAUCCCCAAUUGUACGGAAUUAGGCCUUAUGACCCAAUCAAUGCAUCUAUUUCAAUCUACCUGGACACUUUAAAUAUCUUUGUGAGAAUAGCUACAAUCUUGGCAGGAGGCGGACAGAAUAGAAGGAAGUAAAGUUGACUAUUUUUUUUUUAUUUAUUAUUGCUGCAUGUAAAUAUUUAUUUAAUAAUUCAUAACAUUUAAUUCUCAAUAAAGGAUAUUUUUUUGUUAAAAACUUUGUUCCUAUAAAACUAGAUAUUAAAAAUGAGUGUACAUAUUCCUAUAGUUAAGGUAGUUUAAGGUAGAAAUAAAAGGUGACUUUCAUAAGAGUAAUUUUAUUUAAGCUUUUUGUAUUCACAAUGAUUUGAGUUUCAGUUAUAAUUACAAUAAAUAAUUUUAGAUUAAUAGUCGUGUUGUCAGUUUUAGAAUUAGUUUUUAACGAUAUUUCUUUGGAUACAUGUGCAGUCUUAAUGGAAAGUAAAUGAAGGUGAUGUGCGAACGAAAAUUAUGGCACAUCGACAAACACCUUGCUUAGAAAAAUUUU